AUGUCACUCACCAUUGUCUUUGUUAAUAGUGGAAACUACAAAUUGCGCUGGGAAGAAGGACCAAGGACGAUUCUUAUCAUCAAGAAGCCGCACGACGAUCUAACGGACAAGACCCUCGUGGAUGUAGCAUCUUGGAUCCACACAAAAUACCCACACACUAAUGUCGUGGUUGAGCCAGAUGUCGCCGACGCCUUUGCAGAUGCAUUACCGUUCGUCUACACCAUCCCAGAGGGCAAGAGGGUUGAGUAUACACGCGUGACAGACUUGGUAAUCACGCUUGGAGGAGACGGUACUAUCCUUCACACAUCGUCACUGUUCAACUCUGCAGUCCCGCCAGUCAUCUCGUUCUCCAUGGGCACCCUAGGAUUCCUCUUGCCAUUCCAUAUCAACAACUACCAAACCGCACUCGCAAAGCUGAUCGAAAACAGGAACGCCUCACUUUUGCUCCGCAUGCGCCUCAAAUGUACACUUCACGGACCAGACGGACGGCGACUUCAGGCAAAGGAUGGGUCAGGACGGAUUAACGAUCUCACAGUGAUGAACGAGGUAAACCUGCAUCGUGGGCGGUACCCACACCUCACGUCGAUUGGAUGCUUUGUUGACGGGCAUAUGAUCACGGAAGCUGUUGCGGAUGGACUGAUUAUUGCUUCGCCAACUGGAUCGACGGCUUAUUCUCUCUCGGCUGGUGGAUCGAUUGUUCACCCUUCGAUCCAGACUUUGCUCUUGACACCUAUCUGUCCGCGAUCGCUCUCUUUCCGCCCCGUGCUCCUUCCACCCAACGCCACCAUCCAGCUCAAGAUCGGAGACAAGUCGAGAGGCCCGGCAGAGGUAUCACUCGACGGCAAAGAGACAUUCUUCCUGGACAAAAAUGAGUUUCUUCAGGUCUGCAUGUCUCCCUUCCCCAUGCCAUGCGUCAACAGAGUCCAUGCGGGUGAGGACUGGAUGAAGGAUAUCAACGAUCUCUUGAAAUGGAACCAGAGCUUCCACAAUAAGCAAAGCAUGAGCCAUUAUAUCUCGGAAUAA